AUGGCCGAGACAGCCCACAAAGAACACCACCAUACCACUCCCAAGCUCGGCACCGAGGAGAAGGAGAUCCUUGGUAUCACGACCAUCGACUCUGACGAUGUCGAGCAGUUGGACGCCCACAGCGCCUACGCUCAGAUCAGCGCCGUCGUUCCCACGACCGACGAUCCCUCAACCCCAUGUUUUACCGUCCGUGCGAUGAUCCUGGCCAUCUUGUUCUGCAUCAUAACUUCGGCCGCCAACGUUAUUCUUUCUUUCCGCACCAACUCGUUCACUCUUCCGGCCUAUGUCUCUGUGAUCGUCUCGUAUCCCAUCGGUAUCUUCUUUGCCAAGGUCCUUCCCGAUGUCCGCUUCAAGCUCUUUGGCGUCGAGAGCUCGCUCAACCCCGGCCCCUUCUCCAUCAAGGAGCACGUCCUGAUCUACGUCAUGUCCAACGCCGGCACUCCUUAUGGUAUUGACAACGUCGUUGGCCAAGUUGCCCCAAUGUACCUCAACGACACCUCCAUCCAGGCAUGGCAGUCCAUCCUCUGGAUCCUCGCGACCCAGUGUCUCGGCCUCGGCCUCGCUGGCAUGGCCCGUGAGUUCCUCAUCAAGCCUGCUGCCAUGUACUGGCCCGGCAACAUGGGCAUCCUGGCUCUGUUUGCGUCCUUCCACGAUGAGGCAAGCUCCCAAGCCAACACCUCAUCCAAGUACAAAAUGUCCCGCUUCAAGUUCUUCUGGGUCGUCUUCAUUGCCACUUUUGCCUGGAACUUCUUCCCCAACUUCAUUGCGCCCUCGCUCCAGGCCAUCUCCAUCCUCUGCUUCUUUGGCGCUGGCCCCAACAGCCUUGUCAACAUCCUGGGAUCCGCCACCCAGGGUGUCGGCCUUGGCGCCGUUACUCUCGACUGGUCUCAGUUCAACAGCAACAUCUCCCCCAUGACAACUCCCUUCUGGGCCAACUGCGUCGUCAUCGUGGGUUACGUGAUCUGGUCCUGGAUCGUUGUCCCCAUAGUCUAUGUCAGCGAUCUUUGGGAUGCCAAGCUCAUUGGCUGUGACAGUCCAGGCCCCAACGGCUGCGGUCUCAUCAACAGCGCCGGUAUCUACAAUGGCUCCAGUCUCGGCCAGCGCUUGGGUGGACGAGCUCUCCUGAACCCCACCACCUUCGAGCUUGACCCCGCCAAGUAUGCCUCGGCCGCCCCCGUCCAUAUCGGCAUGUCCUUCAUCUUUGUCUAUGCCACCUCUUUCAUCACCAUCUCCUCUGCCGUUACCCACGUCGCUCUCUGGUACGGCAAGGACAUUGUCCGCCAGGCCCGGGUUGCCAUGAAGCAGCUCAAGGAGGAUGCCGAGCACCAGGACAUCCACAACAAGCUCAUGGCCGCCUACCCCGAAGUCGGCAACUGGGUCUACCUCACCAUCUUCCUGACUUCCACCGCCCUGAUGUUUGUCGUCGGUCUCGCUACCCCUUACAAGCUCCAGUGGUGGGGUAUCAUCCUGGCCAUUACCAUCGGCAUUGUAUUUAUUAUACCACUCACCACCAUCACUGCCCUCUCGGGCCAGUACAUUGGUCUCAAUGUCCUGACCGAGUUCUUGAUUGGUCUGAUCGUCCCCGGCCAGUUUGUUCCCGUCAUGUCCUUCAAGUCGCUCGGCUACAACACCAUGAUCCAGGCCCAGACCCUCCUCAACGAUCUCAAGAUCGGCCACUACAUGAAGGUUCCUCCCCGCGCCAUGGUUGCCGCCCAGCUCAUCGGCGCCAUCCUCUCGGCCUUUAUCUGUGUCCCCGUUGCCACUACUUUUUCACUCUCCCCUCUUCUGGGCAAGGGUGACUGGAAGGCUACCGGCUACGGUACCUUCUACUCUGCCGGUACGAUUUGGGGAGCCAUCGCCCCGGCCCGCUUCUUCGGCUAUGGCGCUCUCUACCACGACAUGCUCUGGGCCUUCCCCAUUGGUUUCCUCCUCCCCAUCCUCCCUUGGCUCGGCAACAAGGUCUACAAGCACCCCUACUGGCACUUGAUCAACAUCCCGAUCCUUGCCACCUGGGUCGGCCCUCAGGUCGGCAACCAGGUCCUGAUCAUCGUCCCCUUCAUCGUCGCCUUUGUCUCCCAGUACUACCUCUUCCGCUACAAGAACGAGUGGUGGAAAAAGUACAACUUUGUCCUGUCCGUCGGUCUCGAUUCGGGUGUCGGCAUUGGCGGUGCCAUAAUCGGUAUUCUUCAGUUGCUUUUUGCCAAGACUGACCAGGCCGGCAAUACGGUUGGGGGCUUCAUGAUGCCCAACUGGCUCCUCAACCCUGCCGCGGCCAGCACCACCAACGACUUUUACUGCUUCGGCGUUGACUACAUGGGUAACCCCACCAGCAAGUAAUGCCUCCUGGCCGUGAACUCUGAGACACAAAACUGCCUCCGAGCCUCUCCUCUAUCCCUCUAUCCCUCUAUCCCUCUAUCCCUCUAUCCCUCUAUCCCUCUAUCCCUCUAUCCCUCUAUCCCUCUAUCCCUCUAUCCCUCUAUCCCUCUAU